AUGGGUACAAAUAGUGAGGAUUUGGUUAUAAUGCAAGCUACAGUUGCAGUUGCUGCUAACUUCCGUGAACUAGAACUUCCCGUUCUUUCGGGCCUGAAAUGGUUUCCUGAAAAGUCUGUCCCCGAGAAGGAAGGAAAGAAAUACAUUGAUUUGUAUCCUAUUCAAAUGUCGUCUGUCUGUAUGUUAGAAGAUGGAAAAUCAGCGUUAUCUACGAAUUUUGACACUUACACCUUGAUUUUGCAGCUUGGUUCCAUCUUGUCUACUGUUGAUGAGUGGAAGGCGAGUGGUUAUCAAUUGAGAAUCAUUGUCUUCGUUGAGACGGUUACAGAGCAGGAUGAAGAAAAGAAGCGAUUAAACGACUUACUUGAAUCUUUGAGAAUUAAAGCCGAAGUGAAGAUCAUCUGCUUCGAGGAGGGUUCCUUGUCCACCUACAACUUUUUGGUAAAAGGAUAUGGUGUCACUUCAUCCAAUAGAAAGCUGUAUGAAGAUUUGUCAAAGAUAUUGGAAAAAGAGGAAUGGUGGACAAACUUGGUAGAAGCGCGGGAAACACUCAAAAGUAUUGAGAAACAGAGAGCACUCCGCAAAGGUGAUUGCGGGAAACCAAGGCCGAUUUCCAUGCUGGAUAAUACAAUGAGAUUUACAUUGGGUGCUCUUGGAAAGAGCCCCACAGACCCCUCUAAUUUAGGGAAAUCUCUACAACAUAAUCGCAGAUAUACACUUUCUAAUCUUCAUGAAAAGGGUCUCCUGUUCUCUCUUAAUAUGAAAGCGCAAGGCGGAGAUGGAUUUUUUAAUUACAGUGACUCUGGAGACGACAGCAACAGCAGUAUCAGUGAUACCGAAAGUGAGUCCAAUUCCAAUUUAACCAAUAGUUUCGGAGAUAGCUCCAACCUUUACCAAUCAACCACAUCAGCACAAAGCAUAGAAAGCAACCCAACUACGAUGUCCCUGAUUCAACGAGAGAGAAGUGCUGUCUCAAUCCUUAACCAAAAACCAAGAGGCAAAAUCCCUUUGCACCCAGCCCUCAAGGUGAAGUAUAGUAGUAAUCAUGCUCUUUCAUCUGAUCAACUCUCUGUGAUGUCUUCACGGUCAAACCUCCGGCCUAAUUUUCUGGCAGUUAAGAUCCCCAAAUCUAUUGUAAGGGACGCAGAUGACGAGGAUGAUGAUGAUGAUGACAACGAGAACGAAGGAGCAGACAAUGGAGAAAUUGAAGAUGAAGACACCAAACCCUCUAUAACAUUCGCGGAAGAACCAGCGGAACCUACUCACCCAGUGUCCUCCAGAGAUAACCCUAGAGGACAAAGAAAGAGUGGAAAAGUUCGCAACAUAUCACCUUAUUCUUCUCAGAAAGCAAUAGACGCCGAUACCAGCUUCGAUAUAAAGCCAAUAGUUUCCAUCACUGGACCUGGCACUCCCCUGGAUCAGUUGAGCGAGAUUGAAUCGUCAGCAGAAGGAGAAGAAGAUGGUGCUACAGAUGGCCAAGGCCAAGAGAAGCAUGAUGCAGCAAAUGUAUCUGCAACGGAUCACAAAGCGAAGUACAAGCAACUCAAAAAGGAACUAGCUGACCUUACUUUCAAUGACUUGCCUGCAAAAGGCCAACAUAUAAUCUUGAACGAGUUGAUGAAAAUGCAUUCAAACCAAGGCGAAACUGCGGUGAUCUUUUCGACGUUGCCCGCACCGGUCAUUGGUACUCAUUUAAAUGAUGAAGACUCCAUGGAUUACACAAGCAGUCUUGCUACAUGGUUGGACGGUUUGCCACCUAUUCUCCUUUUAAAUUCCCAAACCGUAACGGUUACAACAGCUUUAUAA